UUUGCAAAAUAAAUCUCGGUUUCCCAGUCCCGUUAUUCGCUUUGCUGUGGAUUCAGUAUAAUUCUCGGUCCUUGAACGGAGUGUUUUGUACUUUGUGUUCUACAAUGCUGGACUCAAGCCGCACCCAACGGUUACAACCUGGUGUGACCAUGAACUCUGGUACCCUCCGCUCCACACUUCGACCGGGGGUCACAGCAGUUAAUACCGGGACUCUCCCGGGGCACCACCAGGCCUCGGCACCCCCUCUUCCACCGGGCCUCGGACUGGCAGGGAUGGCUGGCAUUGCUGGCACUGGAGCCACUUUCGGCAGUCCGGGAAACCCGAUGGUCCUGCGGGAGGCUGUGGAGGCGGUGGUGAGAAGCUUUGCAAAACACACUCAGGGCUAUGGCAGAGUUAAUGUAGUUGAAGCGCUUCAGGAAUUUUGGCAGAUGAAGCAGUCUCGUGGGGCUGACCUGAAGAAUGGAGCUCUUGUGGUGUACGAAAUGGUACCGUCAAACAGCCCUCCUUACGUUUGCUAUGUUACUCUUCCAGGAGGGAGUUGCUUUGGUAGUUUCCAGUUUUGUCCAACCAAAGCUGAGGCCAGAAGAAGUGCAGCAAAGAUUGCAUUGAUGAACUCUGUCUUUAAUGAACAUCCAUCCCGGAGAAUUACAGAUGACUUUAUUGAAAAGAGCGUGUCAGAGGCUUUGGCUACAUUUAAUGGUAACCGUGAAGAAGCUGACAAUCCCAAUACAGGAAUUGGUGCAUUCCGGUUCAUGUUAGAAUCAAACAAAGGAAAAUCGAUGUUAGAAUUUCAGGAAUUAAUGACUGUUUUCCAGCUGUUGCAUUGGAAUGGAAGCUUAAAGGCAAUGAGAGAAAGACAAUGUUCCCGACAGGAGGUACUCGCACACUACUCACAUCGUGCCCUAGAUGAUGACAUGCGAAAUCAAAUGGCCAUGGACUGGGUGAACCGGGAGAACCAGUUACCAGGCAUUUUGACAAGAGAACUGGCAGCAGCAGAACGGGAACUAGACGAAGCACGACUCGCUGGGAAGGAGCUCCGUUUUCAUAAGGAGAAGAAAGAUAUCUUGAUGCUGGCUGUGGGUCAGCUAGGGAUGAGUCUCCCUUCUGGUUGCUAGGCAGUUCUCAUUCUGUUCCUUCAUGUUACUGCUAACUUAAUAAAAUCUUACUAUGUAAAAGGGA